AUGGCCUCUCUUGGGGAUGACCUUUUGGGCACCGUCAACAAGCUGCAAGACUUGGUCUUCAACACCAUUGGCAGCGACUCCCUUGACCUUCCGCAAAUUGUUGUGGUUGGGUCGCAAUCCGCAGGAAAAUCAUCUGUUCUAGAAAACAUCGUGGGACGUGAUUUCCUACCCCGUGGGAGUGGCAUCGUUACGAGGCGGCCCCUUAUCUUGCAGCUCAUUAACGUUCCUGAGGACGAGAGCACCACCGAGCCAGCAAACGACCCCUACAGGUCCCCAUCUCAAGCUCGGCGAUCUGAAUGGGCCGAGUUCCACCACAUUCCUAAUCGCAGGUUCAACGACUUCGGCGACGUUAAACGGGAGAUCGAGAAUGAAACCUCGAGAGUGGCUGGCAGCAAUAAGGGUAUCAAUCGACAACCGAUAAACCUAAAAAUCUACUCUCCACACGUCCUGAACCUGACGCUCGUGGAUCUCCCCGGUUUAACCAAGGUACCCAUAGGCGAUCAACCGACCGAUAUAGAGAAGCAGACUCGCAAUUUGAUUUCGGAAUACAUUGCCAAGCCUAACAGUAUCGUCCUCGCUGUCUCUCCUGCCAAUGUGGACAUCGUCAACUCGGAAGCUCUAAAGCUAGCGAGACACGUUGACCCGCUCGGCAGGCGGACUAUUGGCGUGCUCACUAAGGUCGAUUUGAUGGAUCAUGGAACGAACGCUUUGGACAUCCUCUCGGGACGUGUGUAUCCAUUGAAACUUGGCUUCAUUGGCGUUGUCAACCGCUCGCAACAGGACAUCCAGGGUAGCAAGCCAAUGGAGGAGGCGCUGAAGGACGAGGCCGACUUCUUCAAGCACCACCCUGCUUAUCGCAAUAUUGCUACCCGCUGCGGCACGCAGUACUUGUCCAAGACGUUGAACACGACCCUUAUGGCGCAUAUUCGAGAGCGCAUGCCGGACAUUAAGGCACGCCUCAACACCCUCAUGGGGCAAACCCAACAGGAACUGGCCAGCUACGGCGAUAUGCACUUCAGUGGCAAGGAACAUCGCGGGUCUCUCAUCUUACAGCUCAUGACCCGCUUUGCCACUUCUUUCAUCUCUUCAAUCGACGGCACUUCGACCGAGAUCUCGACUAAGGAGCUAUGUGGCGGUGCUCGCAUCUAUUACAUUUUCAACUCGGUGUUCGGUAGCUCCCUCGAGUCUAUCGAUCCAACAUCUAACCUUUCCGCCCUUGAUAUCCGCACGGCUAUCCGCAACUCAACUGGUCCCCGCCCAAGUCUGUUCGUCCCGGAGAUGGCGUUCGACCUUCUCGUCAAACCUCAAAUCAAACUCCUCGAGAUUCCUAGUCAGCGCUGUGUUGAACUUGUCUAUGAAGAGCUCAUCAAAAUUUGCCACACCUGUGGCUCAACAGAACUCUCGCGGUUCCCAAGGCUGCAGGCCAAACUAAUUGAAGUUGUUUCCGAUCUACUCCGGGAAAGACUGGGCCCGGCAUCAUCCUAUGUUGAGUCAUUGAUCUCCAUUCAGCGCGCUUACAUCAAUACCAACCAUCCAAACUUUCUGGGUGCCGCAGCUGCGAUGAGUCAUGUUGUUAGCAAUAAACAGGAGAGGGAACGCAAGCGUCUCAUACAAGAAGAGAAAGACAGAAGAGAAAGGCGGCGUCUUAAGGAGCUUGGGGCGAAUGGUGCCGACACCCCCGCUGAGGAUGACGAAGACUCGGCCGUUGUCGAAAAGGGUGACUCGGCACCGGCUCGCCGACAGGCCGUCAAAGGAGCCCGAAGCUUGUCUCCAGGUCUCAGAGAGCAUGGUGCUGUUUCGCUCAACGCAGCUGUGAACGGUGUUCGGUCAAUCUCCCCUUCGAGGCUGAACAACCAACAAGGGCUCGGCGGCGCGCGAGACUCAUUCCUAAACUACUUCUUCGGCAAAGACGGCGCUUCACCGAUGCCUAUGGGCUCUGGUGGUGCUCAUGGAAGAGACCUUUCCAUUGCGAGGCACGUUAGUCAAAGUUUGGAGCCUACCUUCUCGCAGAGCAUUCGCCGAAAUGACGAUACGCUGUCGAGCCGGUCUGCUCUUCAACCACAGGCACGCGAAGAUGACUCUCGUGAUUUGGGCGCGCAUUUCGGAGCUGGUGGUGAACCAGCUUUGACUGAUCGUGAGGCCAUGGAGACUGAGCUUAUCAGAGCUCUUAUUUCAUCUUACUUCAACAUUGUUAGGGAGUCCAUUGCCGACCAGGUGCCAAAAGCCGUCAUGCACCUGCUGGUAAACCACAGCAAAGAUGUAGUCCAAAAUCGCCUUGUGAGCGAGCUCUACAAGGAGACGUUGUUUGAAGAGUUGCUUUACGAGGAUGAUGGGGUCAAGAAGGAGCGCGAGAAAUGUGAGAAGCUUCUCCAAACCUACCGCGAGGCCUCGAAAAUCAUAGGAGAGGUGCUUUAG